CGCGCCGACCGUGCGCUCCUCCGCCUGCCUGCGCCGCCGGCCUCGCCCAUGUCUCAGUACGAGCCCAGCUCGGACUUCAAGAGGGCUUUGGACAGCAGUCCGGAGGCCAACACCGAGGAUGACAAGACCGAGGAAGACGCGCCCAUGCCCAAGAACUACUUGUGGCUCGCCAUCGUCUCGUGUUUUUGCCCCGCGUACCCCAUCAACAUCGUGGCUUUUGUCUUCUCCAUCAUGUCUCUGAACAGCUACAACGAUGGUGACAUUGAAGGAUCCAAGCGACUUGGGAGGAAUGCCAAGUGGGUGGCCAUCGCCUCCAUCAUUAUUGGCCUUCUCAUCAUCGGUAUUUCUUGUGCAGUUCACUUCACAAGGAACGCCUGAGCGGGCCAGCAGUCAGCCGCAAGGACGGAGGAUGGACCUCAUCCACACACAGGAGUUUCUGAGGAAUGGGCCCUUGACUUCAGACUGUGAGAUCUCUUCCUCCAGGACUCUCCAGAGGCAGGUCCCUGGCAAAUGAACUUAAAAAAAAAAAAGAAAAGAAAAGAAAGAAAGGAAAAGAAAAGAAAGGCUAAAAAAAAGGAAAGAAAAGGGAAAAAAAAUCCAAAAUUAAGGAAAACCAAGCAGCAGAGCCAGAUCAGCCAGUCGUUGACUUAAAAAAGAAAAGAAAAACUCAAAUCUCGCUGUCUGAGUUUAGGGAAAGCCUCUGUGUCCAUUCCUCUUCUGCUGAGAUGAGCCUCAGGAAAUCUCAUUUCUUCUAAUGGGGUGGGGGGGAUCCUAGGAAGAGCAAUGGAUGCUGUUGUCUGCAAAGCUGGGCACAAACCUUUGCAGCAUGUUUAAAGUUGUCCGACAGAGUGUAAUUUGCGCAGGUUUUUUUUUUUUCCAUGUAUUUUACAUGUUGUAGCUAGUGAGUCCUCCUCCAUCCCUGCCACAACCCCCAAAAUUCCAUCAGUCACUAAAGAAACAAAUGAAGGGGCUUUCUGGCCUUUUGUCCUGCCCCCCAACCCCCAAAGUUCCAUCAGUCACUAAAGAAACAAAUGAAGGGGCUUUCUGGCCUUUUGUCUUCCGAUGAUCCCCUCCCUUGCUUGCAUCCACCGCUGGUCACUUCACUCCCCACUUAAAGACUCUGAGAAUGUACUUAAUGGCCAAUUCUAGGUACAGAAGCACCUUCCCCAUCCCAGUUUUGGAAAUAAACUGGCUGUGUUUAUGGAAUGUGCUUUAUUCCAACCUCUCCCUCUCUUUUUUUAGUAAGUCUCAGGCAUGAUCUUUGAUCUUCCUGGAUGCCAACCUAGAAGAUGCUACCCACUGUAUUUCUUUUCUGGCAAAUGCAACCCCUUCAGGUGUGAUUGUACUGGUUUAAUGAUGCUAUAAUUCUGCCCACCAGAACACGCCAACCCAGUGUUUCACAGAAUACAAGGUGUGUACCACUGGUGGUACACAAGGAUAUUUUUAAGUCCUUUAUAGGCACAACAUUAAGUGACGAAAGUCACAAAAUAUGUUUCCCCUUUUCUAGUCUUUUCCAAUGCUGAUUACAGCAAAGAGAAAGUCUGUGGUUAGUGCUCAUGGGUCCUUAACACACUUGUAUUACUUUAGCUCUUUUCCCAUCUUCUUAAAGAAAGAGCAGGCCUCAGGUUCAAAGUCUUCUGUCUAGAUAGAACUUUAGUAGCACAGUCCUGUUUUUGUUGUAUUUCUUAUAUUAAUUACCUUCCAUUUACAGUUUCCCCUUAGGCAUGUGAUAUAUUGCUUCUAUUCAAAUAAAUUUACUCAAGAAAAAUAAGUGGACUCAAAGAAAAUAUCCAGGGAUUAACACAUCAGAGGAUAUGUAUAUAUGGCAAAAAUAACUUCAAGAACUCAUUAGAAACACAGUGAUAAUGAACUUUCCUAAGCAAGAGAAAAGGCAGCUUAUUCUAAGUGAAUAAACAUGAGGCUGAGAAUUAAAAUACCUGAGUCCCAAUGCCUCUUUUGCCACUAACUAGCUAUGCAAGCUGAUUUUAGGCAAGUUUCUUAGCCUCUGAGUGCCUCGGAUUUCUUCAUCUAGAAAAUGGACAUAAGAACACCUACCUGCUACAUACCUCAGAGCGUUGUUAUGAGAAUUAAUCGCCGUAAUAGAUGGGAAUGCCCCUGGAGGGAGAUUCUAAGUGCUAUACAAAGACAAAGCAUUGUUCUUAGAUUACUAUGAAUCUCAGGAGGUUGUUAAAAUCCUGGACCCUAGCAAAAAAAUAAACGUUGAGAUGAACAUCAGAUUCCACCUGUCAUUUCACUUGGAUGCCUGCCAUGAGCCAACACUUGUCCCAGGAGAAAACUGAAACAGGGCCAUGAAUUCUCAGCACGCAGAGAUCCUAGCGUCAUUCCAGUGUAUUAGGUCCUGAUUUCUGUUUCAGACAUCUCGUUUCUUCUUUGUUUGUGUUUGGGUCCCCAAUCUUUUUCCUAAAUCAAAUGAGAAGUGUUGCUGAGAGGCAGAAUAAAAAUGGUUUUAAGUAAGCCUG